AUGGCGGAGCAGCCGGCCGCCGGCACGGCGGAUGCGGAGCACAGCCGGUGGAUGGAGCACGCGCUGCAGCAGGCGCGGACGGCGGCCGCGCGGCGCGAGGUGCCCGUCGGCUGCGUGUUCGUUCGUGACGGCGUGAUUGUCGGCAGGGGCGGAAACGAGACGAACGCGACGAGGAACGCCACGCGGCACGCCGAGCUGGUGGCGAUCGACGGUAUGAUCGCCGACGCCGGCGGCGACUGCGCGCAGCUCCGUCUGCACGAGUGCACGCUGUACGUCACCGUCGAGCCGUGCAUCAUGUGUGCCGGCGCCCUGUCCAUCCUAGGGCUCAAGCACGCCGUGUACGGGUGCCGCAACGACAAGUUCGGCGGGUGCGGCUCGAUCCUGAGCGUGAGCGACGCUGGAUGCGGGGGCUGCGGCGGGGCCGCGUCCCCCGGGUUCCCCACCACGGGCGGUGUGCGGGCGCAGGAGGCCGUGGAGCUGCUGCGCAGCUUUUACGCCACAGGCAACCCCGCCGCGCCGAAGCCGCACCGGCCGGUCGUCAGCGCAGAUGGCGCCCCGGCGCUGCACCCGUCCUGA